UUCCUCUUGCUAUUAUUUAUUUAUACUCUCUCUGGGAAGCUUUUUAGCAUUGUCUAUGUCGAUAGCGUUGGAUUGCCAUCCUUGCCUUUCAUAAACUGUGUUCAGGACCUCAAGUCAUGAGUUUGUGGAAAACAAUUAUUGGAAGAUUUGGGUACCAAAGAAAAAGACAAGGAUGCAACUAAGCAGCUGAAGACUUGAUAACUGGCUGUGCAUACUUGAAUGCUCUAAGCUAUUGUGUGAAUGGUUAGCCAAAGCCACCUUGCUAUCCAAAUUAGGAAUUCGCCAUGGUUUGCCUGUUUGUUGGCCUCAUUGGCUUGGGAAGAAUUUACCUUGGGAUGCACUGUUUGGCUGACAUCAUCGGUGGUCUUGCUUUUGGAUUGGCGAUUCUGGCAUUUUGGUUAACUGUUCAUGAACAUAUUGACAAUUUUGUUGUUUCGGGGCAAAAUGUGACGACGUUUUGGGCAGCUCUUAGCUUCUUGCUGCUGUUUGCCUACCCAACACCUGAGAAUCCAACUUAUGUUCUAAUUCGUUGUGUUUUUUAA